CUUUGGGCAAUAUCGGACAGGUGACCACUCGUGUAAAAGAGAUUCUGCUGAGAUCCAUAAGAAGUGAUGUGCCAGCAGUGCGUAUAGAAGCCUGUCACUGUAUCGCCACUCUACGCCUGUGUGAUACGGAUGUUCAGAGUGCACUACAGGAUCAGCUGGUCCUGGAAUCUAACGAAUUUGUGAAAAGGUGAGUUUGUCCACAUAAUGCCUUAAAAUAAUGGGUGACUUAACCAUGCAUGAAUAAGAAUUUAUAUGUAUACUUUACACAUUUUAUUCUUAAAUAUUUGCAAAUGUGACCAGAUUAUGCAUUACUCCUGCAGUUUUAAGGUGGAAUUACAUAUUCUUUGUCUAUUUAGAGAGGUGAACCAAACGCUGACUGCCUUCAACAUAAAGAAUGAAGGAAAUCAGCAAAUGAGGUCAUUGAUCCAACAGGAGGUAUGUAUGGGUUGUCUUGGGAACACUAAAGGUAGACAGAAAGUCAAAUGUUGUAAGCAAUGGAUUUUGGCUACAGUUGUACAAUGCUUAAAAAAAAAAAAAAAAAAGAAAAAAGAAAUUGCUAGAAUUCUGUAAAAACAUUAUUAAACCAAACUGAUCUGGUUGUGUGUAUCACAGAUGUCAAGGCUUUGCCAAGAGGAAGUGUUGAUUCCAAAGGUUUUGAAACUGGACGAGUCUCUGGAAGAAGGACCACAGAAGACUGGACUGCUAAUAGACAAGACCCAGAUGGACCCAAAAGGUUUUAUAGAGUAA